AGAAACAAAGUGACUUUAUCCAAAAACAAGGACUCAAUCAUCACAAACAUAUACCUUACACGCAUUUCAUUUUCCAGUUAAGCCAAACCAUAUAAUCCUGCUCUGGGAAGUUUCUACAGUUGCACAGAAGCAAACCUGAAAGAAAAAGCAAAAACCCCAAUUCCCAUUUCUUUUCCUUUCCACUUGUUUUCAAGUUCUUGAUUCACUUUCGCUCAGAAAAAAAUCAGUGCUUUCAACUGGCUGUCUGCGUUGAAGCUAAUUGAAAAUGAUAUGACAGUGAGAAGAUGUGAAGCUCGUUGUACGGUAGAAUAGUUGACAUGACUACUCUAUCUCUUAUAUCUGGGAAUUGUGGGAGAGGAAGGGGAGAGGAUACUGGUUCAGGGUAUGGGCUGACUUCACAUUUUGCAAACGAGUUUUUGUCGAGUGAUACUAAUGGGAGGUUGUUCCGAAACUUCAAUGGUAUCCGGUUGAAGGAUUUGGAGGGCUUGAGGAAACGAAAUGGGAAUGGUUUUCGUGUUUUUGCAAGAGUUAGGAAAGGGAAGAAACACGACUACCCGUGGCCGGAUGAUAUCAAUCCAAAUAGCAAGGCACCGUUAACUUAUCUUUCUUACUUCAAGCCUCUGAAAGAGAAACCUAAGCCUGUAACACUUGCUUUUGAGAAGCCACUGGUCGAUUUGGAGCAGAAGAUCAUUGAGGUUCAAAGAAUGGCUGAUGAUACUGGAUUGGAUUUCACUGACCAAAUUAAUGCUUUGGAACUGAAGUAUCAACAGGCGCUUAAGGAUUUAUACACACAUUUGACUCCCAUCCAACGCCUAAACAUUGCUCGACAUCCCAACAGGCCCACCGUACUUGAUCAUAUUCUAAACAUCACAGAGAAGUGGGUGGAGCUCCAUGGAGACCGCGCGGGUUAUGAUGAUCCAGCAAUUGUGACGGGUAUAGGGAGCAUGGAGGGUCGAAGCUACAUGUUCAUAGGCCAUCAGAAAGGAAGGAACACAAAGGAAAAUAUUAUGCGUAACUUUGCAAUGCCCACUCCUCACGGUUACAGAAAGGCUCUGCGAAUGAUGAAAUAUGCUGAUCAUCAUGGAUUUCCCAUUGUUACAUUUGUCGACACUCCUGGGGCCUUUGCUGAUCUAAAAUCAGAGGAAUUAGGACAAGGUGAAGCAAUAGCCCACAAUUUGAGGGCAAUGUUUGGCCUUAGAGUUCCAGUCAUUACGAUAGUCACUGGUGAAGGAGGUUCAGGUGGUGCUCUUGCAAUCGCUUGUGCCAACAAAUUGUUGAUGCUUGAAAACUCAGCAUUCUAUGUCGCAAGUCCUGAAGCAUGUGCUGCUAUAUUGUGGAAGUCAUCCAAAGCAGCUCCCAAGGCAGCUGAGAAACUGAAGAUUACUGCUCAAGAACACUACAAGCGGAGAAUAGCAGAUGGUAUCAUUCCUGAACCUCUUGGUGGCGCACAUGCUGAUCCUGUGUGGACAUCUCUGCAGAUUAAAGAUGCUAUUCUCCGACAGAAUUGACGAGGAUGAAUGCAGAAGAACUCAUUCGACAUCGGAUGCUCAAAUUCCGGAUGAUUGGAGUGGGUGCCUAUAGAGAGGGUUCUGAGGUGGAACCUGUGCGGAAGCGCAAUAUGCGAGCAUCUGAGGUGAAUGCACCUAAAUUUGCCGACAUAGAAUCCGCGCUUGACGAUCUCAGGAAAAAAAUACUUAAAGCUAAGGGACCAUCGGAUCCAAUUACCUAUAAGAAAAUUGAGAAGCUUGAAGAAGAUCUAGACCAAGAAAUGACCAAGGCAUUCAUUUCAAUGGGCUUGAUUGAUCAGAUCAAAUCUCUCAACUUGGAGCUGGCUCGGUCUCCUAAUCCCGAUCAAGCCUCAAACAGACGUCUGAAGGAAAAAGCAGAUAAAAUAGUACAAGAGUUCAAGAGAAAUCUAUCACAGCCCGGUGCAUAUAUUGGAUUGAAGCAAAAGCUCCAAAUGCUGAACAUGGUUAGCAGGCUUCUUGAGCUGAAAGAGAAGAGUGAGAAGUUGAAAAGUGAACUCAAUCAGAAGCUUUCAGCAGACAUUAAAGCCAAAAUGGAGACGUGGAAGUUGGCUAGGGAGAAGUCAUCGACAGGGGAUCCAUUGGAUGAAAAUCUUGCACGGGAGGUAGAAGUUGCUAAAGAGGAGCUCGACCAGGUCCUCAGAUCAGCUAACUUGCACGUCGUGGGAACAACCAAAAAGGAAAACAUAAAUCCGCUUCCUGAACUGAGAGAAGAAAUGCUGAAUAUAAACAGAGCGAUCAAGCAGGAAAUCAAGAAGGUUAUAGAUGAGAAAGGGCUGAGUUGGAAAAUCAAUGAGCUGAAAGCAGAAGCUGUGAAAGACUCUAGUUCAGAGAAAGCGAAAAAGCUGGAAGCAGAACUCAAGGAAGUAAUAGCUGCUGCUCUUAGUGCCAGCCCCCUCAAAGACAGGCUUGACAACUUAAGGGUGCAGCACGAAUCCUCGGUGAACAAAGUCGUGGAAGGUAACGUCGGGACGGAUAACGGCAGGUGGUGAGACAACUGGAGACAGGUUGCUGCGGGACUUCUUGCAUUGUAUUAUUGAUUGUUGAGGUUGAUAGAGACAAUGUUGUAACUUACAAACACAUGUUUUUGUUAUUCACAUAUGGUGUGAAAUGUUGCAUGAAAAUUUUGACUCGGAUGAAAGUUUAUCCUAUUAUGUGCUGAUUUUCCUUGCUUCCUUCUGCA